AUGGGGCGCAACAGAAUCAGAGUACUAGGGGCUUUGACGCAGCUGCCACAAACCAAGAAGAAGAAAAGAAGGAUCAACCACAGGACACCCUGCACGCUCUCUGAGCGGGAGCCUGCUAUGAGUUUAGUAACUGAAAAACUACCUUGCAUCCAUCAACAGAUUGGCGUCUUGGCCGACACUCUCCGCAUCUCCUCUCGCUAG